AUGGAAGAAGUUAUACUAAAAUAUGGGGUACCACGAAAAAUAAUCACAGAUCAAGGUACACAUUUUAAAAAUGAAUUGAUGGAAAAAAUUGCAUUAUUAAUGGGAUUUAAACAUGCAUUCGCAACAACAUAUCAUCCACAAACGAACGGACAGGUGGAACGAUUUAAUGCAACAUUUUAUCCGCAGUUAGCAAAAUUACACGAUGACAAUCUUAAUAAUUGGGAUGAGUAUUUACCAGCGUGCAUAUUUGCAUAUAAUACUGGACUACACAGUACAACGGGCUAUUCGCCGUUUCAGUUAAUGUUUGCACGUGAACCUAUUUUGCCUUUUGAUUCACCAACAUCUACUAUUACAUUAACAAAGCCAAAUGAUUAUUGGACACAAAUCACUCAGCUAACGAAGGUUUACAGGAGAAUUCAUCAACAACAAUUGUCUAAACAACGCUAUGAUCAACAAAGAGCGGAUCCAACUUAUAAACCCGGCGAUCUGGUCUUCAUUAAACCGAUCUGGUCUUCAUUAAACAACUUGGGGGGAGGUGUUACGUCAUGGGACCUAAAACGUGACUACUGA